AUGGCAGCUAUGAUCAAUGACACUACUAAUCAAGAUUACGAUCGCUUAAAAGAAGUGAAACACUUCGAUGAUUCCAAAAUCGGAGUCAAGGGCUUAAUGGACUCGGGCAUCACCUCAAUUCCUCGGUUUUUUAUUCACCCACCGGAGACCCUGUCGGAUCUCAAACCUAAGAGUAGUACCCGACGACCCGAUUCCGAAUCCAAUGGGAUCCCCACCAUCGAUAUGUCGGGCGUGGAGGAUUCGAAUCGACGGUCAGCAAUAGUGGAUCAAGUUGGACGUGCAUGUCGCGAGUUCGGUUUCUUCCAAGUUGUCAAUCACCGGGUUCCUGUGGAAAUUUUGGACCGUACGAUUGGAGCUAUAAAGGGGUUUCAUGAGCUGCCCACAGAGGAGAAGAUGCGAUGGUAUCGCAGAGAGAUGGGGACUGGCGUGUCCUUCCUCUCUAAUGUCGACUUGUUUCAUUCCAAAGCUGCUAGUUGGAGAGACACGCUCCAGAUGACUCUUGGCCCUAACUUACCAGAGCUUGAAGAAAUCCCUGAGAUAUGUAGAAAUGAGAUGGUUGAUUGGAAUCAAUACUCCAAACAAUUGGGAGAGCUGUUGAUGGAAUUGUUAUGUGAAGGCCUAGGAUUAAAUGCAGGAAAGUUGAAGGACAUGACAUUUUUGGAAGCUAGGACUAUGGCUGCCCACUACUAUCCAUAUUGUCCCCAGCCUGAUCUAACAGUCGGCAUUAAGUCUCACACAGAUCCUGGGGUUUUAACAGUAUUACUGCAGAAUCAUAUUGGUGGUUUGCAGGUUAAACAUGGUGAGGAUUGGGUGGAUGUUAAACCUGUCCCCGGUGCCAUUGUAAUCAAUAUUGGAGAUAUAAUGCAAAUUCUGUCUAAUGAUGAGUACAAGAGCAAUGAGCAUAGAGUGUUGGCUAAUGGUUGCCAAGAUCCACGGAUUUCAAUUGCAAUUUUCUUCAACCCACUCAAGAGGGAUAGCUUGUUUGGACCUUUUCAGGAGCUAAUAUCACCAGAAAAACCAGCUGUUUACGGGGAGUUUCUAUACACGGACUAUAUGAAAAGGUUCUUCACAAAAGAGUUGGAUGGAAAGUCUCUGACAAAUUACUACAAGCUGUGA